AAUGAAUACGCGAAAAGAAGAGUGAAACGCAAACCUCAGAAAAUCCCAUUUCUUCUUCUUCUUCUCUUCUUUGUAGCCUCUGCUCUCGCGCCGUUCUUCUCUGCUGCCUUCUUCAACCUCAAAAUCCCUCAAUUCCUCUGUUUCUUCUCCUCCAUUUUCCAUUUUCGCCAUGACCCUUUCUCUCUCUUCCACUUUCUCACUCCUCCCUUUCAUCCUCUUCUUCUUCGCUUCCCCUCUCAUCGCCGCUCCUGACCCAUCCACCAUUUACGACCAUCUCCACCUCCACGGCCUCCCCAUCGGCCUUCUCCCCAAGAACAUCACCAGAUUCUCAAUCGAUUCUUCCACCGGCCGUUUCCAGGUCUUUCUCGAUCAGCCCUGCAAUGCCAAGUUCGAGAAUGAGGUUCACUAUGAUUUCAACGUCUCCGGCAGGCUUUCCUAUGGCCAGAUCGCUGAAUUGGCCGGAAUUUCUUCCCAGGAGCUCUUUCUUUGGUUUCCUGUUAAGGGAAUUCGUGUCGAUUUGCCCACUUCUGGUGUAAUUCAUUUCGACGUCGGCGUUGUUGAUAAGCAAUUCUCUCUUUCCCUCUUUGAGUCCCCGCCCGACUGCACUGCGGCUGAUCCGGUUGAUCAAUCCUUCGUCUUCAAUGGAGCCUCUCUCGAUUUUGUUGGGCCUUUUUCGCCGAUGGAAGCACAGAAUCUCCAGCUUGAAGACAGUGAACUAAGGGCAACAUCAUAGAUUAGCGAUAAAGAAACGUUGUGGAUUUCCGAGAUUGCGUUUCGAGAGAGUCUGGCUUUGCUGGUCUGGUAAAUCGUAGAUUUUCCUCUACUAUAUGUGGAUUGCUUUUGUUUUGUACAGUAUUUGUUUCCUGAUAGUCCUGUCUGAUGGGGAAAAGAGGCCUAUUUGUCUUCAUAUAAAAGCUCACAGAAAUAUUUAGCCUCCAAUCCCUCAAGUCCAUACUAAUAACUGAAUUUAAGCGAGAAGAUCGGUGCUUGGGUCGGCUUAUAAGAAUCCUAGAAGUUUGGUAUAAUUUAGCAGGUCGUCUCGUCUGUUGUAAGUCGUUUUUCUUAUAUCUCUCUAUGAAGUAUAUUACUUUCUGGCUGUGUUUGGUUUUGGCUACUCACAUAAAGAAGUGCUGUUUUUGUUGUCUUGCCCUUAUAGUCCUAAAACUUGGGCUUGUAAAUUGUACAUUGCGAAAGUGAUCUUCUAGUAGUUAAAGAGGAUUUACAUGUAUUUUAUAAAACUCACAUUUUCAUUUCA